AUGAGAGUGAUUGAGAAGGACACCGACAGAAAGGCCCAAGUCAACAUUUUUGUCAAGGGUCAAGUUCAGGCGCUUGAAGAAUACGGAGAGUAUGUGGACCCAAGAGACAACGCGAUUUGCUGCUAUGUACCCAUCGAUGAGGGCCAUCAGCCUAAAGUGGGCGGCAGGUUCUCCGGCAAGACUCUGGCUGUAGCCUACGACACGUUCGUGGACGGGAUACUCCGUAAAGCCGGCUCGCAUGUGGCUAAGUCAGUGAUCCUACACAACCGGAAACUGGACACCGAAACCUUUCUAUGCAAGACCAGCAAAGGCAUCAUCGAUACUGACAUUACGGUGGCUCCACUCGAGCACGCUGUUACGAUUCAAGACGACGCCCCAGAGACCAUCGGAACCAUCGAGCUGCGACUGUACAUCACCCGCCAACUGGGAGACUGGCACGAAAUUGGCAAAGUAAAGAAGUACUACACCCAUGGAAGUGAUAUGAAAGACAGGGAUACGGGCGGCACCGAGCAGAAAGUUGGCUACAACCGCAUAGCUCCCAUUUUCAGGAUGUCCUUCGAGAAGGACACUACUCCACUGGAGGAUAAUCAACCGAAAAUCUAUCAGCCUGAAAUUCUCGAGGAGAACAUGUCAAUGAGUUUUGACCCUGACGACAAAGAUAUAGGCGAAGCACAUACUCUAGUGCUGGAACCUCUUCCUCCUCUUACCGUAGGCGCAAACCCCUUAUCGAAGAAUGACGGAGAUGCCUCGUCACGAUCCGAAUCGCCAAUGCUUCCCACCACGCCAGCGAAAAGCGCACAGUCAGCCCCAAAGAUCUCCAGCCCCAUUAAGAAGAAACCUGGACCCAAAUCAAAGACCCCCGAAGCAACUACGAUGGUAUCUCCUGGAGCACAAGCGCAGAUUACCAAUGGAGAUACUGAUAACAGCACGUCUACCUCUCAUACCGGUAGCGGUGGUGAGAAAGUUACAGAAAAGAUCGCCGCCGCGCCUUCUGUACCGACGGCCGAUAUGACUGCCAAAGUACCCUGCCUUGCAGAAUCAAGCACCAAGCCCGCAAAUGCGCACGCAGAGAAAUCUGUAGCCGUACUUAAGGCGACUACAAAACAGCCUCCUCCGUCGCCACUUGCCCCAGCAAAGGAGGCCGCGAAACCAGCACCUGUCACUACCAACGGUCAGAAGAAGUCAGAUACGCCCCCCGUGGCAGUCGUACCAGGCAAACGUUCAUCUACCACCACCAACGGUGUGACACCGGAUCCAAAGCGCGCGAAGCCCUUACCUACGCCUACGUCUGUGCCACCUUCCACCCUGCCUACAGCUCCGCGUUCAUCAACACCUAAGACGCUCUCCGUCGAACGCCAGCUCGCAGACCAGCGAAAGAAGCUCGACGACAUGCGCAAGAGGCGUGCGGAGACCGCUAAGAAGCAGGCAGAAAUCGAUGAGCAGAUGGGCCCAUACAAGCAACGUAUGGCUGAGGAGCUGGAUCGUCUCAACCGAGAGAUGAAGGAAGAAGAGAGUGCGUACACUGAGGAGGCGGAGCACUACAACGCUAGCGUUGAGAUCCUGCAGGACUUCAAAAAGGCGGAUGAUGGCAAUUAG